GGCCCUCUUGCAUUGCGAACCUUUUUCUUCCACCUUUAUUUUUCUUGCAUGUUCAACUGUAACCCUCUGAAGCCCAGCUUUGUAUCUAAACAUGCAUUACAGACCACGACCACCUUUCAAAACAAAACACUGGCGGAAGCUCUACGAAUCUCGUAUCUCGGAUAUAAAAGCCCUCAAGGACUGCGCGAAUGGUGCUGCCUUUGUCAUCAUUGAUGCCAAGCCAUGGGGCAGAGAUAACUCAGAGCCGGCUGAGAUUGGCCUUUCUUUUCUUCCACCAACCCACGGGAACCGCGAACUUCCAGAAACAUUAGAUGAAGCUAGUAACUUGAUAGGAUUGGAAACACACUGGAUACGCUUUGUCGACAGAGAAAGGCGAGAAAAGGGUCGUGAACAACAUCGAUACGGGUCACAACAGCAUGUCUCGGGCGACAAGGUAGAGGAGACAAUUAAAGGCAUCAUAGAGUCAUUCCGGAACCGGAUACCGGGCGACACGCCUCUUAUUCUAACGGGAUUUGCUGUCGUUUUCGAGUUACAGGUGCUAUCAGCCCUCUAUCCAAACCUAUUGAACUAUUUCACAUACUGGGUUGAUCUUCAGGAAGUGGCAAGCGGUGUGGUUGAUGGUGUCGCAAGACCUAGCUUGCGUGACACUCUGACUGCAUGUGGUUUUGAAGGCUACAGGCACUCGCAGGAUUCCCAGACUACCAUUUUUCCGCAUAACGCUGCUACGGAUACUGUGCGGACAGUGGUGCUGCUCGUUCAGUUUUUGGCGCUUCCCAAUGACGGAAAGAAGCUUGAUAUUAGCCCAUCAUCUCAUAAGAAACAACAGUUUGCCAGACGGCGCUCAAAUGCCCCUGCAACCCCGGAACAAAAGAGUUAUUGGAAAGGCUCGCGACCCAGACCGAAAGAAUUCUUCCCAUUUACCACAAGAGUAUAUCAAUAUAGACCAACUGCUGUUGGAAUAAGCAACGGAAUGCGAUAUGGAUGGGUGUGCUUACCCGACCUGGAAACUUUGGACAACUUUGUACGUUCUGUGCAUAGGUGGGACGCUAAAGAUGGAAACGUAUGGGAGGUUAUCUCGGAAUAUGAUCCUACGGUAAUACCUGCACGGGACUGGGAAGAGCUGGAGCUCUGUCAAAAGGAAGAGAUACAGGCGAAGGACGACGAGAAGCGAAUGCAAAGACGGCUUAAAAACGAGAGCCAGAGCGAUGAGAUGUGGCCAGGGGAUGAACGCCCGAGGACAGCCACUUUGACUCUCCAAAUACAAUUAAUGCCUCUCUCAAAGAUGGCGAUGCAGUACAACUUGGCGAAUCCUGAAGCUUUUACUUAUACCAGGAAAGCCCACAUACGCGUGGCCGUUAUAAGCCCUGUUGGGACGAGCAUGACCACAAAUGCCGUCUACUUGAAACACAAUUGGACGCCUGGAGAAACGGAAGAGAUGGCUUCUCGGAAGGCAGGCCAAAAGCAGCCACCCUCAGUUAGAUCUACAGAUACUCGCCACGACUACGAAGUACCCGCCCAGCAAGGGAUAGAACCCGGCCACUUUCGUGGUGUGGAAAGAAGCUCUUUUUGA